AUCAUUAUGUUGAUAUCUUAUCAGUUACUUGCAAUCAACCAUUCAAAAAUCGAAACCAUUACCAUUCUUUGUGAUCAACAUGCGGAUGCAGUUGCUCUCUGCUCUGUUAUUACAAAUACUUUUUAACGUUUCUAGUCCUUACAAAAUCCUUGUUUAUUCAAAUUUAUUUGGACAUAGUCACAUCAAGUUUGUAGGAUCUGUUGUUGAUACACUGGUUGAUGCCGGUCAUGAUGUGACCGUGGUGCUACCAGUAAUCGAUUCUACGCAGAAAAACCGAACAUCUAUCAAAUCGGGUGCCAAACAAAUAAUCAUUGAUGCCGAUGAAGAAGUUGUUGAAAUUUUCUCUCAAACUGAAAAGUUUCUGUCAAACAUGUGGACAAUGGAAAUGUCAAAUCCAUUGAUGAUGUGGAUGAAUCCUAGAAUAUUGACACAAUUAUUUGGAAAACAAUGUACAAAAGUGAUGAAAUUAAGUGAACUGCUCGACCAAUUGAAAUCUGAAAAGUUUGAUUUAGCAAUUACUGAAGCAUUUGAUAGUUGUGGUUAUGGAAUUUUUGAAUAUCUUCAAAUUCCUGCACAUGUCUCAAUUCUGUCAUGCGCUCGUAUGGAUCACGUCAGCGACGUUCUUGGUCAACCAAUUGCUCCGAGCUACGUACCUGGUACACAAAGCUUAUAUAGUGACCGAAUGACAAUGACACAGCGAUUCUUGAACUACCUACAGUUUUUGAAUGGUAACUCAAUGUUUUCCGAUAUUGGUGACUAUGAAUCAGCAAACGCGAAGAAACUGUUAGGGGUUGAAAGAUCUUGGAGAGAGAUUUUGCCAGAAUCUUCGUUUCUUCUCACCAAUCACAUCCCAGUUCUCGAGUUCCCAGCACCAACAUUUGACAAAAUUGUUCCUAUUGGGGGAAUUAGUGUGAAUAAAAAUAAAGAAACGUUGAAACUUGAGCAUUAUUUUGACACGAUGGUGUCGAUGAGAAAGAAAAAUGUUAUUAUUUCUUUCGGAUCUAACAUCAAAUCUAUGGAUAUGCCGGAUGAAUAUAAAAAGUCCCUCGCUGAGUUAUUCCAGCUCAUGCCUGAUGUAACUUUUAUCUGGAAAUACGAGAAUCUUGCCGACAAAAAAUACACAUGCGGAAUAAUGAAUAUCAAUCGUGUUGAAUGGAUUCCACAAACCGAGCUUUUAGCGGAUUCCCGUGUUGAUGCGUUUAUCACUCACGGUGGUCUUGGAAGUGUUACCGAACUGGCUACAAUGGGAAAACCUGCUGUGGUGAUCCCAAUAUUCGCUGAUCAAACGAGAAAUGCUGAAAUGCUAAAGCGUCACGGAGGAGCCGAAGUUCUUCACAAAACGGACCUUGCCAACCCAGAAACGCUUCGAAAAACUUUGAGAAAAGUGAUGGAUGAUCCAAGUUAUCGUCAAAAUGCUCAGAGACUCGCUGAAAUGCUAAAUAACCAACCUACUAACCCGAAAGAAACUUUGGUAAAGCACGUGGAAUUUGCUGCAAGGUUUGGAAAACUUCCGUCUAUGGAUCCAUAUGGUAGACACCAAAACAUUAUUGAGUACUACAAUCUUGACAUUCUAGCCAUUGCCACAAUUCUUCUAACCUUAGUUGUGUAUCUGAAAAUUUUUGCUGUUGGUGUUGUUGUAAGAUGCUGUUGUGGCAAAAAGAAAGUCAAAUUUGAGUAAUGCCGUCACUUAAUAAAUGUUCAGUUAAAUUGUUUUCAAACUAGAACGAAUAUUGUUUCAAAAAUGAACAGAAUUUCCAAA